AUGCAAGAGCCACCAAUGACACCACAGCAGCCACACGCAAAACGUAAGGCGCGGCGCCGGGCACCGCCGGAUUGUCAAUACUGCCAACGAUCAUUUUCUCGUGCCGAGCAUCUUCAGCGACACCUUCGGACGCAUACACAGGAGAAGCCGUACGGUUGCUCCGUUUGCUCCAAAUCGUUUGGCAGACGCGAUCUAUUGGUCCGCCAUAGCCGACUGAUUCAUCCAUCGAAUCAAAGAGAUGAAGCGAGUGACGACCAGGGUGGCUUGCACAGACGACAGUCUACUCCCACGACGGCCAUAUUCAAUGCCAUCUCGUCGUCACAGACUGUAGAUCGGACCUGGAGCACCUUCGAUGCAGAUCCUUUGAAUGAACCCGAGGACACAGCUCACAUUGAACACCCAUCGAUCGAGUCUCAACAAGAGCAAGACAGUGCUACAGUCCCCUUGGAUGGCCCCAGUGAAGUGACCACUACCGUGGACUUGGACAACGAUGAUCUGCUGCGAUUCGCUUUGACAGGACCGUUGCAAGAUCCCAUGCAAGAUUUCAACCAUUUCCUAGACAGCAUCGGGCUCAGUCCAAGCUGGGAACCAGAACUCUUCUCUCAGGCUCCAUCUUUCUCCGUCACACUUGAGUCUUCCACAUCCGUCCUCAACUCCAAUUUGCAACCAGGUAGCAGCCAAGUGUUGUCUUGUCAGAGUCCACGCGUACACAAUGAUGACGUCCCCUACUCGACCUUCGGGUCUCGCCUGCCUUCACUUCAGCCCCAGUCUCGAGACUCCGAUGACCGCGACUAUAUGGGACCGAUUCAAGCACCUGUCGUACCUACGCCAUCAAUUGCUAGUAUUGGAAAGCAGGAAUACCAAACAUUUGUCAAAAAGCUCGAGGGCUUGAAAGACGAAUUGCCUUGUAAGUUCCUCCCCCCAUCCAGGUGGGCUCUCGCACGGUCGCUCGACGGAUUCAUCGACGGCCUGAAUGAACACCACCCCUUCAUCCAUGUACCCACCACAUCCAUAGACCGCUGCCAUCCAGCACUCAUUCUUGCGCUGGCUGCAUGUGGUGCGCAGUAUCGCUUCGAAGAAGAGCGGGGGUUUGAUUUCUUCUACGCGGUGCGAGCGCUUUUAACCCGCGAUCUGGACCGUUGCGGGUGUUUUCCUUUGUCGUUUUCAACCAAACAAGGCCGGUCGAUGGGGCUUGAGGAUCGCGGAGGAGACGAACUGAUGGAGAGGAUUCAGACUCUCCUCCUGCUCACUAUAUUUGCCCCAUGGGGAAAGAAUCAGGAUAUUCUCCAGGAGCUAUUGUCACUACAAGGAGUCUUGGCAUACAUGAUCCGCGACCAUGGUCUGGCCGAAGACGACCAGACCACUUUCGCCAUGACAAGCGACUCGAAUGAAGUCAAUUGGCGCCGAUGGGUGAGGCAAGAGCGCGAUCGUCGAACAAAGCUCGCGGCAUUCACCAUUUUAAACCUCCACUCGAUCAUGUAUAACCGAGCUUCCUUGAUCAAGAACGCCGAGCUGAAACUCAACUUGCCAUGCAAUACCGCUCUCUGGAAGGCGUCCAGCGCAGAUGAAUGGCGCUUUGAGUAUGAACGGGCAUUCAGCUCUGGGGAGGCAUCGGGCAUGCCGUUUCAAACCUCUUUUGCCCUCCUUUUUACCCGUCCCCCUUCUCUCCCAGGUGACCUCUAUGCGUCGACGCCAAUGGGGAAUCACGUCCUUCUCCACGGUAUUUUUCAACACAUAUACUUUGCUCGUCAGCUGUGUCUGUACCCGCCUUUGCGAGAUGGUCAACAUCAAAACCAGAGCGAAUGCCUGAGCGUGAGCCUUCGAGCCGAGGAUCUUUGCGUGCUCGAGGACGCGCUCCACGCUUGGAAACUCCGCUGGAAACAGACACCAGAAUCUAGCACAAACCCACGCAAUCCGGCCGGGCCCAUCGCCUUCACCUCUGCGGCGCUCUUGGGCCAGGCAUACAUUCACAUGUAUCUCAACAUCGGUCCACGUCGAGCUCUCAUCUCGCAGGACCCGGCCGUGAUUUCUCAAUCUCUAGCAUCGUCCCCGCCGCUCGAGCGCGGUCCGGGACUCGUGAAACCCUUGCUUCACGCCGCCCAUGCUCUAUCUAUCCCGGUGCGGCUGGGCAUUGAUUUUGUCGCGCGCAGUCAUUCAUUUUACUGGAGCAUUCAGCACUCUCUCGUCAGUCUGGAGUAUGCCUUUCUAUUGAGCAGGUGGCUCCUUGCUCUUGGAAGGGCUUCAGCUACAAGUGGGUCGCUCAAGAUGUCGAAACAUGAGCAAUUAAUUUUUUUGUGGAUCGAGAAAAUGGUAGAAGAGACGAAUGUCGGCCCACUCCCGGUCUCACAGCCUGAAUCAGUGCCAGUACGCGACAGAGACCAUGGCUGCGGGUCAACGUUGGAGUCGGGAGACUAUGCAACCAGAAUGGAACAGUUGGGAAGCAGAAUUGCUCGGAUCUGGGCGAGGACGUUCAAGGGUAACACCGGUUGGGGCGUUGUGGACUUGAUUGGUCAGAGCCUAGAAGAGUAUGCCGAGCUGCUGAAGUAG